GUUUACCAGGCUAUCAUGUGAACUCCAAAGUCUGUCUUCAGUCUAGAGAGAGAGAGACAGAGGAACGAGAUAGGAGAGAGAGAGAGAAAGAGAAAGUGGGAGAGCCUCACUCCUUUUCUGAUUUUCACCCGGAAUACAAGCUGGAAUAAAACGGAUUUUCCAGGAAAUUCAUGCAUGAUUGGUGCAAUUGGGACUGAACUACAGAUCAAGACAACACUGAUUAACGCGUUAAACUGGAUUAUAUUCCACCUUUGACCACAAACGUGCACUAGUGGUGACGCUGUCAGUGAAUGAUCCAAACAAAAGAGAUAUAAAUAUGUUUUGCUCAAAGGUUUAGGACGUACUGUUCUAGGAUUAUCCAUGAUAUGACUGGAUCUAGAGGUGACAGUCUAACUUGCCAUGAUGGAGUCCGGUCUGUCACCUUUCACGGACCCUCUCCACCCUAACACCCUAAGAUAUGUCAAUAACAGCAACAACAGCUGGAGUGGCCUCCUUGAUGCUGAGGAUCUGAGGAGCAAUCACACCCUGACCCUCCAUGGCCGCUUUCAUAACGCGCUGCUGGGGGUCAGCCUGGGUUUUCUUUCACUUCUCACCAUCAUGAUGAACUUGCUUGUCCUCUACGCAGUGAAGAAGGAGAAGAGCCUCCACACUGUAGGGAACCUCUACAUUGUCAGCCUUUCUGUGGCAGAUCUGAUCGUAGGGACCACAGUCAUGCCUCUAAACCUUGUGUAUUUGUUGGAGGAUGAAUGGAAGCUGGGGCGGGCAGUCUGCCAAUUUUGGCUUAUUAUGGACUAUGUGGCUAGCACAGCAUCAAUUUUCAGCUUGUUUAUUCUGUGUUUGGAUCGGUAUCGCUCUGUUAGACAACCACUUAAGUACCUUAAAUAUCGAACUCGGGGCAAAGCCACUGUGAUGAUUUCUGGAGCCUGGUUGCUGUCCAUGAUGUGGAUUAUUCCAAUUUUAGGAUGGAGAUCUUUCAGUCAUGUCGACCUUAAACCUGAGGAGGAGAACAAGUGUGACACUGAUUUCCGCUUUGUAACUUGGUUUAAGGUUGUAACUGCCGUCUUUAACUUCUACGUACCAUCAAUUUUAAUGUUGUGGUUUUACACCCACAUCUACUUGGCAGUACGGCAACAUCUCAGAGACCGAGAAAGAAUCAUUCAUCCGACUGACUCGUUUGCUGAAAAUGAAAAUGGACAAAAUGCCCAGACGCCUGAAAAAAAUGACCCCGAAUCACCGAAGAGGGAAUGUAAAGCUCCAUUGAAACUCUCUAAAAAACAACGCUUGUUGGACCAUAACACUCUAGAUCAGCCAUAUUCCCUUGAGGAUCCUGAUAGAACUAAAAUGUCUUUAUCCAGAGCACACAGAAAAAUUGGUGUGAAGUGCCAGCAGACAUCAUUGCUAGCCAUGACAACGAAACGACUCAGAAUGGCAAAAAAGGUCAAAGGGUGCUCGUUGUCGCCUGAGGAAAAGCAGUCAGACAGUGAGAUUCCUCUGAGUCGACCUGCAGUGCCACAGGACAUCAUCUGUCCAGAGGGGAAUAAGGAGAACAAACUUCAAGCGUCUUUAAAUGAAUGUCACGUCACAGUGUCAAAGUCAGUAAGUGGUGUCUGUGAUACCAAUCAGGUUUCAGAUGUCCAGAGAUACACUUCCGGUCUCUACAACAACUAUGACCCCAGUCACGCUCUGCCCUGGACCAAGGAAGGGGGUGAAGAUGCCACAUUGGACACAGAAAAUGCAGUGACUCUGAGACAGACUUGGCAAAGGUUUAUUGAUCAAUCACGUCAGCGUAUUCAAAGCCUGAGGAUCCGUAAGGAGCACAAGGCAGCCAAGCAGUUGGGUUUUAUAAUCGCUGCUUUCAUGUUGUGUUGGAUACCAUACUUCAUAGCUUUCAUGGUCAUGGCGUUCUGCAGAGAGUGUGUGCACCAUGACCUUCACAUGUUCACUAUAUGGCUAGGUUACAUCAACUCCACUCUCAACCCUUUUAUAUACCCACUGUGCAAUGGGAACUUCAAGCGAGUCUUCAGAAAUAUUCUCAAGAUGCGAUUGUGACUGAUAAGGACAUAAUGAAGAAGCAUACCAAAAUCAUUGGGGGCAAAAUGCUGCUGAUAUUCAAAGAUAUAGGUUGAAAUCUGCUGCAUCAAUUAAGUGCAGAUGAACCUGUAAAUGUAUUUUGAGUUUCAAAUAUUUUAUUUUGUUGUGAUUUGUAUUUGUAUAACUUAUUGCCCUUCAAUUCAGACUCAUGGCAAAAGCUGGGGGCAGAUUUCUGAUGUUAAUGUUAUUUAUUUUGUCUAUGUUAUGCUUAUGAUAACAAAGCAUGUCUAAGACCAGAGACCCUAAAUAUUAAAAGAAUCUGAUCUCUCGCCCUUGGUGAACAGGAACAUGACUUUAGUGUGUUUGCUCUCUGGUCCGGAGCAGAGGAAAACUGUGUACAACAUUUUUUAUGAAGGGUACAGAGAUGUGACAUUAUACAUAAUAUAUUUAACGUUUUUCAAACAUGCAUUUGUGAGCAGUUGUUACACUGUUUCCUCAUCAUUAAAAAAAGAUUUGGAAAAUGAAUCGCCUUUCAAAUCAUCUGUAAAGCUGUUGCCAAGGAGGGCCAUUUGUCAUGUCCUCAGUUGUUCCUUUAUUUUAUCCUUUUUUUAAUAGAGUUUUUCACCACACUUUAAAAAACGAUUUCCAUCUUCAUGAUAAUCUAUAUCUGUCUUCUGUUCUUGUUUUACCUGUUUGUGCUUUGUCAACUCUUUACUCUUUUGAGACUGAAUGCCAAAUAUAUAGCGUUAACUCAAGAUGUAUAUUUAAAUCUACAGUAUAUACUUUUUAUAUUCAGACACUGGCUUAAAAUUUGUUAGUCAUACAUUUUCACAGUCAACAAAAGCCACUCUAACCACAGAGGAAUAAACUGGCAUUUUAAACCAAUUGCUAACCUUUUUACUCUACUUAUGCUCUACUUGAUGAUGCCAUUCAGCCCCUCUUUCCAUGUCAUUAGCCAGCUAAAGAACACCUAAUAUAAUUCCGCACAGGAGAGGAAAAGCAAUUGCAAAUUUGAGGCUCAUAUAUUGCAUUUGUAUUGAUUCAAACUUAACUCCACAAUUAUGUCAGGCAUUAGAAAACGCAAUGCCUGCAAAUCUUUUUGCGAAUACUAAAUCAAAGGGUGCUAUGUAAACAUGUUACCACUCCCAUAAUGUUAAAUCAAUGUGUUCAGAUUAUCUACCGUCAGAGGCCCUCUGUAUUUCAACUUGUGUGAAUCGAAAUAAGGCUGUAAUAGGUUAACAUGCAUUAACUCCAAGAAAAUCUAGAUCAAGAGAAAAAGAAUAUAUAACUGUAUUCAGUGAACACAGACGGGUUGUGAGUCACUACGAAGCCAAAUCAAACAAAGCGGAGGGGGGUGGAACUGAACUGGAAGAAGUGCGAUUGCACUCUGUCAUCUUUCCCGUACAUCUUUAUCGACAAGAUGGAGCCACUAACUUUAUCUCUAUCUAUUCUAAAUUUAGUUGUGAAGUUCUGCUAUUUGUUGCAAAAUACAUUUUCACAUAUUUUUCCAAGAUUGCUCAACUGCAUUUUCUGUCCCAGAGUGCUCUCAACAUGAGGCUGCUGAAUGUUUUGAUGUUCAAUAUUAUGGGCAUUUCUGCAAGACUGGUUUUUCAAUUUGACGACUUGUCACGAUAAAUUCUAGCUGCUAUUGCAUACACUCAGAGCUUCAUUACUGGCAACAGAAUGCAAAGGUCUUUGUCUAUAGUCUAUAAUAAUCUAAUUCUCUUUUAAUAAUCCUUCUUGUUAUAACUGCAAUUUCAGGGAUAGCAGUCAUUUACGAAAGUUACAAUUUAAA